AUGCAUGGGGCGCAGUUUGCUACAGAAACCCUAAACCCUAAAGUCCGGCGGGAGCCUCGAGGGCUGCAUAGCAGACUAGGCAGACUAGAGCAAAAUGCCCAACUGGCCCUUGACGACGAGAUCGCACGUGCAGUCCCGUUGGCAGACACCUUGCGUGCGCUUGGAUAUCUCUGGCGACUACACCCGAAUAAGAUGAGCCAGGACCAGUUAUUGAAGCUAUGGCAGCAUUCCAAGAAAGCAAGCUCGUUCGAUGCUUUUGUGUCUCACACCUGGUGGACACCGGGAUAUCAGAAGUUUAUUUCUCUAUUACUUCGCUUCUACUGGCACUAUGCCGUAGUUGCUGCGGUUGCGGCGAGCGUGGUGAUCAUGAUUAUGUAUAGGCUGGACAUGUUGCCCAUGCCUUUGAGAUUUGCGUCACAGUACACAUUGUUCCCGAGAGUGAUUCCCUGCGGGCCGUGGGGGACUCUGUUCGCAUUCGUGGUCUCGCUCGUUGCGUUACUUUGCGCUCCCCUCCUGCCCUGUCCGAGCUUCGACAUAUUCUACGAUGUUGCAUGCAUUCACCAAACGGAUCCGGUGAUGCGCGAACGAGGUGUAUAUGGCAUCGGCGGCUACAUGACCGUUUCCAAAGAGCUACGAAUCUUGUGGUCGGUGCCGUACUUGUCUAGACUGUGGUGCAUAUUCGAGCUCGCUGGAUACCGCCGGGCCAAUCCAAACGGCAAGAUCGUUUUCCAGCCGCUGAUGGUCGAGCGUCAUUUUUUCGUGCUUUGGGUCUGCCUUUACGUGACCUUCUGCAUAUUCCAGUUCCUGAACACCGGCUCAGCCAGGGGGUUAAUCCUCAUCUCAGGGAUUGUCGGCGGUUUUGCUCUGGUGCCCGGCGUCCAUGCAAUUCGGAGAGGCUUCCAAGAGCAAGAGCGCAGCCUUCAGGACAUGGCAAACUUUGACCUUGAGCUCGUUUCGUGUUCCAGUGAUUUCGACAAGCAGUUUAUUGUCUCGGCGGUGAGCCAGUGGUAUGGAAGCGCCGACGCAUUCACACAAUACGUUCGCGGGCCUUUGCGGGAGGAGCUGGUGCAAGUGGUCGCUGAGAUGCAGGCUCCCAUGUCGUACUGCUUGUUGGCAUCUUCGCCUAACGCCGGAACUCAAGCGGACGUCCUGGGAGCACUCUGGCUCGCAGGAGCUCCCAGCGACAUGAUGUUGGCCCACGUGCUGGGACAGGUGCUGUCGUCCUUCUUGAUUAUCAUGGCCAUUCUGAAAAUCCUCUUCAUCCUCACGAGACACUAUGCUCAGCCCAGAUUUAGAAGUCGCGCCAUGGACUACAUGCAGACGGUUGGUGUAUCGCUUCUCUUCCUCGUGGGCAUUGCUGUGGCGAGUGCAAGAGUUUAUGUGUACUAUGCUUUCGGGGUUCCUGGUGCUGCGGCGCUUCUCGUCGUCAUAGUGCUCCUCUUCAUUGCGACGUUCUUUCACGACUUGAAACAGUUCUGGGACCAGCUUUGCAGAGUUGUUUUGGGACGCGGCUGA